AUGAGCAAAGUAUAUAUUGCCAUAUCUUUUGUAGUCCUAGCUUUGAGCUUUGUCUAAUGUUCAUCUACUAUAGAUAAGAUAAAUCUUGGUACAUAGACAUACUCUUACCUAACAUAAACAAUCCUCUAAAAUCAAAGUAGCUCUAACUCAAACAUUUGCAAUUGUUAAACAAUUAGUGAAUACUUCUAAACUGUUGGCUAAAAUGAAUCUCUAUCUCUAAAUUACAGUGUUUAAACUCAUAAUUAUUUGCAUAUUUCUUUUGAUUAUGUAUUUAUCAACGUAUAAGGAGUGACAGGAGGUGCCACUAAGUAAGGUCAAGUUGAUAUAAAUGGUACUACUUAUAACUUUUCAACAGUUGUUUACUCUUAUUACUACAAGUGUAUGUAAAGAACAAAAAAUGCAAAUGUGGAUGGAAAAUCUUCAGCUUCUUUUGUUUUGGCUCAUUCUGGAAAUAUCGAUUUGAAUUUCUAUUCAAAUAAUAUAGGAUCUCUUGCAAGAUUUGGAGUUUCUAAUUUAACAAUUACUGCUGCUUAUUGUGGAACAAAUGCUGAACUUAGCUCUAAAACAUUUACUUGUGUAUGUAAAUCAGGAUAUAAAGAGACUACUACUUAAUCAGGAAGUCUCUAAUAUAAUGAGUGUAAAUGA